AAAUAGCUGAAACAGUACACAGGUAGCGAAAUUUUAUUUUAAGGUAUAAGACGAAAGGUGAAACAUGUUCCACGAAUAACGAAAGACUGGUUUGAAUUUGGAAAUAUGACGUGAUAGUAUUUUAGCACCUUUUGGAUUGAAGUAAGAUCGUUAACAUUUGAAUUUCGUUCGUACCGUAGACAGCAUCUGGAACUUUUUGUGGACCACGGUAAAGACAUGUACAAACUGACGUACGAUUCAGACGAUAACGACGAAGUGGUAGCACCUAAAUCACCGUCUCCAACACCUGCACCAAGAACACCUCCACCUACAACUGAGAACCAAGCGUCAAAAAUGAAAGUGACUGUCAAGGAAAUAAACGAAAAAGGAGCAGGAGAUCUGUCAAAUUCUCAACAAAAGCGCACGAAAGAUGCUGGAACAUACCAAGGAAACGGGAGAUUUUAUUCUUUGUUUGCAAAUGACAACUUCGUUACGGAAGAUCCAAAGCAGAAGAAAAGGUCAUGUUGUGUUGGGUGGAAAACUGGACUUCUUAUUGCCACAGUGAUAGUUUUAGCCAUGGCUAUUUUAGGAAUGAUGUGGGUUGUACGUGGAAUGCAGGUCGAACAAAACAAUUUGAGAAGAAGAGUUUCAGAGCUGGAGGAUGAACAAUUUGCUGCUGCUACCUCUUCCGAAGAUUCUACCAGUAAUUCCGCUGGUCCUGCAUCGGCAUCAUCUAUAGAGCAGCCACCGCCCGAAUUAGUUGGUUUUUUGCCUGCGCCACCAAUGCCACAUGAUCAAUCCUGCUGCGCACAGAAUCAAGCCCAAAUAGACUACCUCAACAAAGUCCUAAAGGGCCAAUCGUCAAGAUUUGAAAACAUCGAAUCACAGUUGCGACGUCAUAUUGGUGUCGCCGGUAUUCGCGAGUCUGAAGUUACAAGAGAGCUGGGAGAAAAUUUUGCUGAAACUGAAACGGCAUUGUCCAUGAUAUCCUCGGUAAAAAAGAAUCUGCAGAAAGUCAGCGAAGUUGCGAACGCUGCUCAAACUAUGGCACUAUUUGCCAUGUCGGACGAAAAGAUGGACAAAGAAGAAAUCGACGAUUACUUGAAGGCUAUAGUACAAUUGGAGGUUGACAACGACAAGGAUGUCGCAUUCGGAGUAGCACACGCAGCUAGGAAUUCACAGAGUGCACCAAAUUCUGGCGGAAUACCAGACGACCAAUAUCUGACAGAGUAUUACGAUAUAUCCGCCGGUAUAGCACCGAUGCUCACAUUUACUCAAGAGAUUAUCGAUGCAAAGAAAUACAUACAACCGGAAAUUGGAAACUUCAGAGUACCUUCAAACGGAAAUUACGUCAUAUUUAUGAACUUCUGUAUCCGGGGAGGACAAACAACAUCUGUCCAUCUCAUGCGCAAUCAAGAGCUACUGCGAGAAAUGGAAGUAACAUCCGGUGGAGAAGAAAAAAUAUCCGACGACAGCGACAACACAGAAUUACUUGUUCCUCCUCCUGCAUUUCAACCUCCUCCACUUCCUGUCAUGAAUGCUCCACCUCCGUUCGCCGAACCACCGCGACAACCUCCCCCAACCUCAGAAAAUAUCAGGCCAUAUCAGUUUUCAGAGGUAGUGUCACUCGAAGAAGGCGAUACUGUAUACAUGAAAAUUUAUGAAGGCAGCCUCGUGGAAUACAAUAGUUCACCAGCAGAGAGAGCACCCGCAUCCUGCACUCGAUUUUCAGGAUAUAAACUCAAUUGAUUCAUGUCUAUAUAUAUAUCGACUCAUUGUAGAUCUCAUUCAUAAGUUUUGCUGUUAUUUAUUUUAUUCAAAGCGUUAAGAUAGAUACGUUGUGCAUACAUUUAAGAAAAAUAAACACAUUUAGAUAUGUGUUCUUAUGGAUCACUUUCACAUCAAAAAUUGACUCAUAUAACCACUUUAAACAAAACGUGGUGGAAUGAUUGUCGUGUGUACCAAAUAGAUCUUUAAUUUUUUUAAUAUAUGAUAAUAAACAUUGUAUGGAAUAAAUAUUAAAAUCUUAGA